AUGUCGUAUAGAUCAUCUUAUCGCUCUGGUCAUGGAGGAGCAUCUUCUGGUGCGACAUCUAGAAAAUCACAUAGUGAAAAGAACCAACAAAUCCUUAAAGCAUUAGCAAAGCAGGCUGCCAACAAAAACUGCGCUGAUUGUAAAGUGGCCACUAAUCCAAGAUGGGCUUCGUGGAACAUAGGGGUUUUCGUAUGCAUUAGAUGUUCUGGUAUCCAUAGAUCCAUGGGAACACAUAUAUCGAAGGUUAAAUCGAUAGACUUGGAUUCCUGGACUGAUGACCAGGUUCAAUCAAUGGUGGCAUGGGGAAAUGAAAAGGCUAAUGUUUAUUGGGAGCAUAAUUUACCUGACAAUCAUGUUCCGGAUGAUAGCAAAAUACAAAACUUUAUUAGAACCAAAUACGAGUUGAAGAAGUGGGUUGCAACUAAAUAUCUUCCUGAUCCAAAAACUAUCAACACGUCAUCAUCAUCUACAGAGUCGGCCAAUACAAAUAUUCUUCCAGAUUCAUCUGCUCCAAAAUCUGUAUCUGCUCCUUCCAAUGGCAAUGGCAUUGAUCUAUUAGGAGGCUUUGAAUUAUCUACAACUUCUGCCCCUCUGUCAUCUGCUAAUUCUAAAGAUCUCAAUGACAAGCCUUUACCCAAACCAAGUGCUCCGGCUGCUGCUUCUACCGGUGGAUUGUUAGACUUGAAUUUUUCAAGUCCUUCUAAUACAGGUAUUCCUUCGUCCACUGGUGCUACUGCCGCUACUGUUAAUUCAACUCAGCAAUCUGGCCGUCAAGAUUUGAAAAAAUCCAUUUUGGCGUUAUAUUCUACUCCAUCUAAUUAUAAUAAACCUGCGGUAGCCCCUUCGCCGGUCUCGAGAAACUUGUAUUCUCAACCACAACAACAACAGCAACAACCUAGUAGUUCAUUCGGUGGUUUGAGCAAUUCAUUAGCAAGUUUGAACUUGUCCAGUAAUACUUCUGCUGCUUCUUCCAGUAGCACCAGUACUGGCAUCAAUACUAAUUUUGACUACAGCUCUUCCAAUGUGUGGAGUAGUGCACCAACCUUGAUGAAUGGCUCCAAUAAUACAGCGAGCGCUACAAAGAAAUCUGCACUUGAUGAUGAUCUUUUCAAAAACGUAUGGAGUUGA